ACCCACAGAAUGAAGUUUUACUCAAAAGCUAGUUUACUCAGAAAGGUUGGAGAUCCCAAGCAGAACUGAAAACAAGGCAUCAUGAUAUUUCUGCUCCUGAGCUUCCAUUUAAACUGCAUUCUAGUUUCAGGUUCCUCUUUCAGUGAUCAAGUCGACCAGACUCCAGCUAAUAUUUACACAACAGGAGAAAAUGUUAAAAUCUACUGCUCACACAGCAUUACAAACUAUAACCGAAUACUUUGGUACAAGCAGUCAAAAACACAGCUACAACUGCUCGGAUUUUUAUUUUCAGGUAGGAGUACUAUAGAGCCUGGAGUGAAUGUGACGAUGGAUGGGGGUGCAAAUGUAAAAGAGAAGUGCACAUUAACAAUUAAGGACAUCGAACUGAGCAGCAGUGGAGUGUACUUCUGUGCUGCUUAUUACCACAGUGUUUCCGCCUCAAGUGAUCAAGUCGACCAGACUCCAGCUAAUAUUUACACAAACGGAGAAGAAGCUCAAAUCUACUGCUCACACAGUAUUACAAACUAUAACACAAUUCUCUGGUACAAGCAGUCAGAGGAAACACUACAAUUGCUCGGAUACCUGCGUGUUGGCAAAGGUACUCCAGAGACUGGAGUGAAUGUAACGAUAGAUGGGGGUGCAAAUGAAAAAGAGAACUGCACAUUAACGAUCACGGAUCUCAAACUGAGCAGCAGUGGAGUGUACUUCUGUGCUGCUAGUUACCACAGUGGUAUGCUUUUGACCAUAGAGCUGCAGACGGGAAGUUGA